UCUAAUUAACCGUAUAUUUAAACAGAUUCUGUUAUGCUAGCAACAUAAAAUUCAUGACGUAAUAGUUAUUUCUUUUGGACAGUAUUUAAAACCCCGGAACAGGUUCUACACGAACUUAUUACGUUCAAAAUGAAAAUUUCGAUCUUCAUCGCCUUGCUUAUGUUCUGCGCUUCGAAUGCAACUGAAGACGAAAAAAUGGUGAAAUUACGCAGUCAUAUACGACUAUGCUGUGAGAAAUCAACAGAUAAUGCACAGUUUCAUGAGGAAUAUGUAACUUGCUUGAAUACUUUGGAUGACAAGAAGAAAACGAAGUUCGAUGAAAUGUGUGAAAACAGAUUAAAGAGUGAUUGUCCGCUUAAAUACAAAGAUUGCGAAAAAAAUGGUAUUGUUAUUGAAAAAAAGAUAUUGUAUAUAUUAUUCAGUGAAUUGUCAGAACAGUAUUCAAUAGCUGCGAAGAAGGGUAAAGAUGCAACGAACCAGUAUCUGAUGGAAAUAGGUGCUAUUAAGGAAAACGAACAAUUAAACGAUACCUGCGAUGCUUCCAUCUCUGCUGGGUUGUUUGAGAUUUUAGCAGAAGAUAAACCAAAUUGUACAAAUUGGUCUGUUCAUGAUAAAUGACAUACUUUCGUCUAUAUUGAAUUGAAUGGGAUAGAGG